AUGGCAAAUCGAGGGAAAAGCCUAGACUCGGAAAUCUUCUCCAUUGCCGACUUGCGAGCCAAGGCAUCGGAGAAACUUCCAAGAGUAUUCAAAGAGUUCUUCAAUGAAGGCGCAAUGGAUCUCAUCACCGUGAAAGACAACGAGGAUGCCUUCAACCGUUACAAGAUCCGCCCACGCGUUCUUCGCGAUGUCUCUAACCUGGACACCUCCACAACGAUCUGCAAUACCAAAGUUUCUUUCCCAUUUGGAUUUUCGCCCGCGGCCUCCCACAAGAUCGCUCACCCGGAUGGUGAGGUCGGAACUUCCAAGGUUGCUGCUGAGGCGAAUAUAUGCAUGGCACUGUCUUCACAUGCGACCUGCUCGUUAGAGGAUGUCAUAGCAGAGGGGUCUGGAAACCCAUACAUGAUACAAUUCAUCAUAUUGAAGGAUCGGAAUAUCACGAGACAGCUACUUGAGCGCGCAGAGAAAUCUGGGUAUAAGGCAGUCAUGUUAACGGUAGAUGCGCCAAUGCUCGGACGGCGUUUAAACGAGUACAGAAACUCUUUUGGGAUUCCAAAAGGUAUGGGAUAUCCUAACCUUGCCCCUGGCUUGGAUAUGAGUAACUUGACCGAGCCGGGCGAGGGGCUAGCAUAUGAGGAUGGUAUUGAGUGGGCCGAAGCCAUUGUAUGGAUAAGAAGUGUAACUAAGCUCGAAAUUUGGCUGAAAGGAAUCAACGGUGUUUUGAUUUCCAAUCACGGCGGUAGACAAUUGGACGGCGUACCUGCCACUCUUGAUGCACUACGCGAAUGUGCACCUGUCGCAAAGGGCAAAAUAGCUAUCGCCAUUGAUGGCGGUAUUCGCCGAGGAACGGAUAUUUUCAAGGCGUUGGCCCUAGGAGCGGACUAUUGUUUUGCUGGGAGGAUUCCUAUCUGGGGAUUAGCGUACAAUGGAACGAAGGGCGUGGAACUUGCUGUCAAGCUAUUACAGGAAGAAUUCAAACUGGCCAUGUGCCUUGCUGGAUGCAAAACUGUCAGAGAUAUCAACAAGAGUCACCUCUCUAUCCUUGAGACGAACGGUGUACUUUCGAAGCUCUAA